CUAUCCACAUCAGCAACUCUUCUCUCAAUGAUCCACAUCAGCUUUGGUGGUUACUACAGAAUUUUUGAUCCUUCAACUGCAUGGUGGGCUGCGGCAGUUAUGGCUGUGGAAGUUUCACCCUCACAGCUUCUCAUGUUGCUGCAGUUAUUGCAGUGUGAAUUUGCAUUAUCAUGUCAAGGCCUGUUGAGAGAAUAGCAGAGAUCAAUGAUGGAAAAGAGCUUUGGAAGAUUGUUGUUAGGAUUCACCACCGAUGGAAAGUUGUCUCCAACAGCAAGGAACAUUUUGAAAUGAUCUUUGUUGACAAAUUGGGAGAUGAUAUUCAUGCUGUUGUUCCAGCACCGCAUGUGUCGGUUUUCACCGAAAAAUGCUUAUUAGGCCAUACUUAUACUGUAUCUAAUUUUAAGGUGGUGCCUUAUGUUCUGGCCUUCAGGGCAUCGGGACACAGAUAUAUGAUAAAGUUUACUGCUGGAACGUCUGUUCUUGAUGAAGACAAACAUGAGAUACCCGCGAAAUCGAUUUUAUUUACAAGUUUUUCAGACAUCAUAACAGGGAGAUGUCGUUGGAAUGGUGGAUAG